CUGCCCUUCCUUUUCCCUCUCCCUUUUCCUCUUGCCAUCAACCUGUCUCACUCCUUCUAACUCAUUCGUAUCGAAGCGCUGCUUCCUUCACGUCGUACGUUGGCUGGUCUAUGAAAAAAACGUCGAAGGAAAAGGAAGGUUCUGGAAAACCAGGAACAGUUGUGUAAUAUUUCACACUUAUUGGUCAUUAUAUCGAAGAACUUUAUUCAAUCAAAAUGGUGAAGGAGACUACCUUUUAUGAUGUCUUGGGCGUUAAGCCCGAUUGUUCGCCAGAAGAUCUAAAGAAAGCUUACAGAAAACUUGCACUCAAAUAUCAUCCUGAUAAAAAUCCUAAUGAAGGAGAAAGGUUUAAACAAAUCUCUCAAGCCUAUGAAGUUUUAUCUAAUCCAGAGAAGAAACGCAUUUAUGAUCAAGGUGGUGAACAAGCCUUGAAAGAAGGUGGAAUGGGAGGAAAUGGUUUCUCAUCUCCUAUGGAUAUCUUCGAUAUGUUCUUUGGUGGAGCCUUUGGUGGGAGAAGUGGUAGAAGGAGGGAACGAAAAGGUCAAGAUGUCAUACAUCAGCUCUCUGUAUCGUUGGAAGAGCUUUAUAAUGGGACUGUCCGUAAACUAGCAUUACAGAAAAAUGUCAUUUGUGAUAAGUGUGAAGGUAUCGGGGGUAAAAAAGGUUCUGUAGAACAAUGCACAUCGUGCCAUGGAAGUGGCAUGCAGGUACAGAUACAACAGUUAGGCCCAGGAAUGUUACAACAUAUGCAAACAAUGUGCUCUGAGUGCAAAGGUCAGGGUGAACGCAUCAAUCCGCGUGAUCGUUGUAAGCAAUGUUGCGGAAGAAAAACUAUAAGAGAUAGGAAAAUUUUGGAGGUACAUGUUGACCCAGGUAUGAUGGAUGGACAGAAAAUAGUUUUCAGUGGAGAAGGUGACCAAGAGCCUGAAUUAGAAGCGGGCGAUAUCGUUAUUCUUUUGGAAGAAAAAGAACACGAGGUGUUCAAACGAUCGCGAAAUGAUUUAAUAAUGCGAAUGCACAUAGAAUUAGUGGAAGCACUUUGUGGUUUCCAAAAAGUUAUUCGUUCCUUGGAUGGUAGAGAUUUGGUCAUCACCUCUCUUCCUGGUACGGUAACGAAGCAUGGUGACGUUAAAUGUAUCCUAAAUGAGGGUAUGCCAAUUCACAAGGAUCCAUUCACGCAUGGCAAACUUGUCAUUCAAUUUGUUGUGAAUUUCCCUAAAUCUAUUAAUCCAACUGUAAUUCCAACUCUCGAACAAUGUUUACCUAUGAGAGAGGAAGUAUUAAUUCCGGAUGGAGCCGAGGAGGUUAUCCUUACCGAUUUGGACCCUGAACAGGAACACAGGCGGAGAGAUCAACGACCAGCGUAUGAAGAAGAUCAGGGAGGUCCAUCACGGGUCCAAUGUGCCACGCAUUAAAUUUAGUUAUUCAGAUCUUAAUAAACAUGGCCACUUUCUCAUUUCAAACUAUUGUCCCAUUCGUUCGAUUCUGAGUCAUACAUAAUAAAAUGAAAAAGAAUAUACGAAUAGACGGAUAUUAAGAAUGAGAGUAUCCUUCGACCGCAGUGAAAAAGAAAAAUAGAACAAAAGAAAAAGGGGGAAAAAAAAAGAAAAGAAAAGAAAGAACGUAAAAAUAAAAAAGUAUUUGAAUAUAAUCGAUAUUUGCGCAUGGCCGUAAGGAGAAUAACGUUUAUAAAACAACAAAUCAUGGGUUAUAAUAUGGGCGUGUCAUCGAGAUAUAUUCAAUGUUUUAUUUAUCCGUCAUCCCAUAAAUAUCAAGGCAUUGUACAUUUUCGUAAACAAUGCUAACUCGAAUCCGGUAGUAAUGCUUACUGUAGGUAAUCGCUAAUGAAGUAUACUUAUCACUGAAUGGUACGAUAAAAGAAAGUAAACAGUAAUGAUUUAAUAUAACAUCGCAUUAAAUUAGUCAUAAAUUAAUAAGUAACUUAUCGCAAAGUGUUGUAACAUUCAACUAAAAAACAAUCUUUGAAUCUUUUUUCUGCAAUCAGACAUUUAGUGGCUCUCAUUUAGAUAUCGGUAAACGUAAUAACAUUACGGCCACGUGAUGUUGAUUACAUAAAUCAGGGAUGGGCAAUUUCUAUGCUGCGGGCCAUAUACUACGGUCCUCGCCAUUAUUAAUCAACCGGUCCUCCCCGCCCCCCCAUUAUUUCAAUUCAUUAUCCACCACUUUAUACUUAAAAACAAAAACUAUACAGUUUUAUAGGAUACGAUUAUAAAUAUUUGGGGAUCGUUUUUCUUUUCGAUAUUACUGGAACAAGGCAAGUAGGAUUUAGAGUCCUGAUGUGGACCAUUAUAUAAUUGUCCAAUCCUGAUAUAAGUAAUUUGUAUUGAAGUAUAUAAAAUCCGUACUCUUCGUUUAUUGUCAUUAAUUGUUUAAGAUUCAUGUCUGUCUCGGUACGAAAUAAUAAAGUGUCGUCAUAGCAAAGUUUAUCGCCAGAUGCGAUAACACAUUGAGAUGUGGCGUUAGAAAAUCACAGAAAACAGCUUACAGUAAUAAUAAUGGGACAUUAUUCCAUAUAAAUAGUAUUUCAAUUUAUGCGUCUUCGAGAAAGCUCGUGAUCUAAGAAGAAAGGUAAAUAAAAGGUUGCAGAGAGAGAGAGAGAGAGAAUGAGAGAAAAAGAAAGAAAAAACAAUGAAUCACGUUCCUGUAUGUAUGGACAAAUGCGCGUAUCGUAAAACUUUAUUUGUGUAAUUUCGUGACAUUGUUUCUAAUAUCUUAUAUUUAUAAGAAUAAUCAAUACUUUGACACAGAA